GAUCCGCGCAUGUAGACACAGAGGAUGUCAACCAGCUAGAGUGUUUUUGAUUAUUAAAGUUUAAGUAAUAAUAUCAAUCGCAUAUUAUUUAAACACAACAACACCACAAUUUGGCGACGAGUACAACGAACCAACGACGGGUAGUGACAUUUUUGCAUUUUUAACAAACGUAGCGCCGUGAACGUUAUCAACAACAACAUAACCUCAAAAGUGGUCAAACACGUGCUGCAAAAAUGUCCUCAACACACGUUCAAGCCCAAAUCAACCCCUUCGACAUCACAGACACCACCAACAUUGGAGCUAGAUGGGACAAAUGGAUUAACAGAUUCGACAACUACCUAGUUGCCAUCAACAUAAAGGAGGAGGCCAGGAAAGUAGCUCUAUUACUCCACUCAAUAGAAGAAAAUGAGGCCCUUACACCACAUGUCCCCGAGGAGGAGAGGGAGAUCAUAGACCAAGGUCCAAACGAAGAAAAUCCGAUCCCAAUGAGAGCUGACCGUCCCGAAAGAACUAGACGACCCCCUGCUUAUCUCCGAGACUUCGUCACAAACAUUAAUAGUGUCAAGUGCAUUGAGUACAAAUUUAAGUGCAAGACCUGUCCUAAAUCAAAUAAGUGCUGAGUGCUUAGUAAACAAAGUAUUUUAAUUCUUUGUCAUUUUGUAUACUAGAAUUAACUUUUUUUUUUAAUCUAACAAGGGAGGAAAUGUAGUGUAUUAAAAACUCCUAAGGUUGGGAUCCGCGCAKGUAGACACAGAGGAUGUCAACCAGCUAGAGUGUWUUUGAUUAUUAAAGUUUAAGUAAUAAUAUCAAUCGCAUAUUAUUUAAACACAACAACACCACAUCCAUAAGUUCGUCGCCGUAUCAAGAGAGAGUAAGCUAUACAUAAUGCUAGACAAAGACGAUUGUAUAUCAAUUUCCGAAAACGAAAUGAAAAUUUGCUACGACCACUUUCCGCAAACCUUAUCACUCAGUUGACCACGUGAAGUAACCCUUUUAAUGGACUCAGUUUUGUCCGAACACUGUGAUGGAAUUUUAACUUCAAUUGACGACUAGAAUAUUCAAAAAUUGGCAAAUAACAAGUGGCUUUUAACCAUUUCACAUCUUACUACCAUCACUACCAUUUGCCCAAGCGAAAAUUCAGUCAACGAAAUUAUUCAAGAGAACAGUCUUUUGACACUGAGACCUAAAUGUAGUGCUUUUAUCGAAAGUGCACGAAUUUACGCAAGUAUUAAAGACAACGAAACCAUUUUUACUCAACUUAUCAUCCCGGAAGUUGAAUACGAUUGCUGUUCUGACCUGACCGAAAAAAGAGAAAAUUCUUCAACUCAAACCUCUUCAAAUUAACCAUUUAAAUUUGGACGAACUAAACAUAGAAAAACAAAAACUUCGAGAAUUUGAUGAUGCCCUCAAUCGAAUGAU